GCAUUUCAAAGACAAAGGCGCCGACGACGGCUAUGGAGCAUCAACCGGCUCUGGUGCGACUGCAAGUCCUCUUGCUUCUUCUUCCCUUCUUGCUUUUCCGGCUGGCGGUUGCCGAAGUUCACUACCAGGAGUGGGUUGUGGCUCCAACUUCAUAUACAAGGCUCUGUCGCAGCAACGACAUCCUGACGAUCAAUGGGCAGUUACCAGGGCCGACCUUAUACGUUCACAGGGGUGACACUGUCAUCAUCAACUCCUAUAACCAUGCCAACUACUCCGUCACUAUUCACUGGCAUGGAUUGAAGCAGCCUAGGAACCCGUGGUCGGACGGGACGGAGUUUGUAACCAUGUGUGGUGUUCCACCGGGAAAGAAUUUCACCUACACUCUUCUCUUCACAACUGAGGAAGGCACCAUUUGGUAUCAUGCUCACAGUGAAUGGACUCGCGCCACCGUUUAUGGUGCCAUUGUCGUUUACCCUAAGAUGGGAGCCACUUACCCUUUCCCAAAGCCAGACAGUGAAUACGUGGUUGUUAUAGGUGAAUGGUGGAACAGUGAUAUAAUGGACGUGUUUGUGGAAGGGGUGACGAGCGGGACUGACUUCAACGUAUCAGAUGCAUAUACCAUAAAUGGGCAACCGGGUGAUCUGUAUGAAUGCUCACAAUCAGAGACAAGCCGGUUUGUGGUUGAGUAUGGCAAGACGUAUCUGUUCCGCGUUGUGAACGCAGUAAUGAGCUUCGGGAUGUUUGUCGGCAUAGCGAAUCACACACUCACAGUUGUUGGUCGAGACGGAGCCUACCUUAAACCGUUUGAGAGAGAAUUUGUCCUGCUAAACGUAGGGCAGACAAUAGACAUCCUUGUAACGGCAAACCAAUCACAAGGUCUCUAUUACAUGGCCACCGAUUCCUACAAAAGUAUAAAGACGAGUUAUGAUGCCAAUAAAACUACAGCCGUAGUCGAGUACAGGGGCUACAACUCCUCGCUAGCCUCAUCACCACCCUUACCAUAUCUUCCUUCCAACAACGACACAGCUGCUGUGUAUGAAUUCAGUGAGUCGUUGAGAAGCCUGGCAUCCGAAGAGCACCCCAUUGAUGUUCCCAUGGAGAUCGACACCAGGCUAGUCAUGACCAUGUCCUUGAACGAAGAACAGUGCAACGCCAGUGCCUGCUCCGAGGGCUAUAAACUGGCUGCCAGUAUGAACAACAUCUCUUUCCUCAACCCGCGGAUGGACAUACUCUCCGCCUACUACGAAAGCAUCAAGAACGUGUACACGACCGAUUUUCCGGCGUUCCCGCCGUAUAUGUUCAAUUUCACGGCGGACACGUAUUCGAAUGAUCUGCUGGUGCCGGUGUAUGGGACGAGGGCGUUGGUGGUGAAGUAUAAUUCGUCUGUGGAGCUGGUUCUGCAGGGCACCAAAUUGCUGUUGGGGGAUUAUCAUCCAACCCAUCUGCAUGGGUAUCACUUCUAUGCAGUUGGACAAGGCUUCGGCAACUUUGAUCCCGUGAAUGAUCCGCUCAAUUACAACUUGGUCAAUCCUCCAAAGCUGAACACGAUCGACGUCCCCUUCGGCGGAUGGGCUGCUCUCCGUUUCAGAGCGGAUAACCCCGGUGUGUGGUUUCUUCACUGCCACUUGGAACGCCAUUUUUCCUGGGGGAUGACGACGGUGUUAAUAGUGACCGACGGCCCGAAUCCUGAAACAAGCAUUCUGCCUCCCCCAACCGGCAUGCCCAACUGUUCAGACCGAACUGUCCACAUUACUCGAGAUCAGAAGAGCAACGAGCCGCUGGAGGACGGCCUGAUGCCGGCCGUCAACGUCAAUGGGGACGGUGUAGACGCGUCUGCGUGAUAGCUUUAAUGGCAAGUGCUGAGGAAAUAUUAUUCAGAACCUGCAUUUUUUGUCUUUUCUUCAAUUAUAGUUCUAUAUUUAUUUAAGGGUA